ACAACGAAGCAGAAUAUGAGGCCCUCAUUGGAGGAAUCCAGAUUGCCCUAUUCAUGAAGAUAAAGCACAUUCGCCUUAAAUCCGAUUCAAAAAUUGGCCAUCGGGCAGCUAAAAGGAGAAAUGGAGGCCAAGGAAGGAAGGUUGAAGAAGUCCAGGGACUGCGCCAGGACUCUACUUGGACAAUUUGAGUCCUAUGAGCUCAUAUAUGUUCCAAGAGAAGAGAAUGAAGAGGCGGAUAUGCUUGCUAAAUUAUGUAGGACCAUUCCCAUCCACAUGGAGGGUAUGGUAAGGCAGCACGAGAGGAUCUGUCCUGUUUGGGAAGAGGCGGUCCCUGUCCUUGAGAUAUCCGGUCCAGGUACAACUUGGAUGAGCCCCCUGAUCACAUACCUUGAAAAGGGAGAGCUCCCUAUUGACCCCAAGGAGGCCCGCAGAGUUCAAUUAAUGGCUCCCAAAUAUCAAAUGGAUGAGGAAAAAUUGUAUAAAAGGACCUUGGGGGGGCCGAUGCUCAAGUGCUUGAGUGAGAGAGAAGCGAGAAGAAUAUUGGAAGAAGUACACCAAGGAGUCUGUUCUGCCCAUCAAGGUGCCCUUACUCUAGCCAGAAAGGUGAUACUUCAGGGGUUCUAUUGGCCCACUUUGAAGAAGGAUGCACUGGAGUUGGUGAGGAAGUGCCCAACUUGCCAAGCAUUUGCACCAAUCCCUGGACGCCCAUCCACCUUUUACACCCCUGUCACUACAGCCAUCCCUUUUGCUAGAUGGGGGUUGGACUUGGUGGGUCCUUUUAUCCAAGGGGCUGGAAGGAAGAAAUUUGCCAUUGUGGCGAUAGAUUACUUUACCAAGUGGGUCGAAGCAGAGGCCCUUGUGAAGAUCACAAAGGAGAACUGGCGAGAGACUCCCUUUGCCUUGGCUUAUGGCUUUGAGGCAAAGGUACCUACCAAGGUCUUGGUCCCUAGCACGAGGGUGGAAGCAUACACUCCAAGCCUCAAUGAGCAAUUGAUGGAAGUGGACUCCCAUUUCACUCAAGAAAGGAGGGACGACGCGGCAAUGAAGGCGGAAGAGUACCAACGGCAAUCCAAGAGGGCGAGGGAGAGGAACGGAGGAAAGAAGGCUCUGGUCCCAUGGGUCCUGGGACGCCUGGAAACUUCAGCCAAGGAUCUAGUCCAUCAGAGUAAGGCUCCAGUCCACGAUAAAAUUUUUCUUGGACCUCCAAACCUCCACGAUAGAAACCCCGGCCAUAGUCUGAAAUGCGAUCGGCCUCCAUCCGAGCCAUAUGUCCCUCAUAUGUAAGACGCUCGUUCUCGAGCGAGCGGCGGGCCUCAUCAAGGGAACUCCGAGCUGAACGCCUCUCCUCCAUAAGGGUCAGGUUUAGCUCGUUGACCC